UCUGUUGUUGCGAUGAUACAUUCCAGGAGCUUCUGAAGAGUUUCAGACAUAAAGUAUGUCACUUACAGCUGCUGUAAAAUAAAGGAGACAAACCAACCGAAAGAUAUGAAAGUGCUUAUAUCAGACUGAGGACUAGUUUCCUCUCCAUUUGUGCAACAAACAUCAUCACACGUUUGACACAAAAUACUGGGAAACAGAAUGCCAGCCAAGACACCCAUGUACUUAAAGACGUCCACACCAAAGCGAGGAAAGAAGCAGAAAAUACGGGACAUUCUUUCAGGAGACAUGAUAAGCCCGCCGCUGGGUGAUGUGCGUCACAGUGCCCAUGUUGGGCCUGAAGGAGAAGGGGACAUGUUUGGCGAUGUGGGAUUCUUGCAAGGCAAACUCGACAUGCUUCCAGCCCUCAAUCAAGCGCCCAGCUCUCGUUCUCACAGCAUUGACAGAAGAAUGGAUGAGAUCUUGGAUGUGAACAGCAAGAGCCACACUUACCAUCGCAGUCAUAAUUCUCAUCACAAUUCUCUCCUCAAAACCACCAUCUCCAUGCCGGUAUUCAUUGUGCCUGUGCAACCACCUCCUAAACCCCCCCGUCUGCAUUUAGACGAGCAGCCGUCCCAGCAAGAGCAGCAGCAGAAUCAUCAUCACAGUCCAACGCAGAAGCGCUCCAUGUCUGUUUGCGAGGAAGGGAUUGGGAAGCACGGGGAUCCCUGCCGUGACCUCAGUCUCUCCGCCUCGAUCCCAGUCCUGCAGCACCUGGUGCCUUGCACAGGCUCUUUAUCAGAGGCUUCCUCGGAUGACUCCAUGUCGGAAGGCUGUGGUCCACUGGACCCAAAACGAGGCUUGAGUCUGGACUCUGAUGCAGGACUCAGUAAUGAGGACCUGCGGAGCGAACACUGUGAAUCUCCAGCUAUCUCACCCAGCAUGUCACGCUCGGAGUCACUAAUGGGUUUGGACCUGGACCUGGGACCGUCCAUUUUGGAGGAUGUUCUUAGGAUCAUGGACCGUUAUAAGAGUGUGGAAGAAAGACAUGAGAUAUAAGGGGACUCUUUCAGAAACUGUAAUAUAGGCGUCAGCUCACCUAAUCUUUAUUUUAAAGCACUGAAAGAAUUGGGAUGAAAGAGCUGGUUGUGCCACAGAUGCUGUAGUAUUAUGACACAUUUUUAUCCACAUGUAAUUAUAACAAACUGGCAAUAAUCUUUACAGCUUCAACUCUGAAAAAGACAGUCAAUCGAUCUAUUCAUUUCCAUAAGGUGAUCCGAUCAUAAAAUAAUGUGUUAAUGGAUAACAUUACAAGAGAAGUGUUUUGCUGGGUUUUGGUCAUUCUAGCUUAACUGGAGAUGUUAAAUAUUUAAGCACUAAAAAUUUGUUGAUUUUUGUAUUUGCUAUUACUUAUUAAGUAAGCUAUGCUUUGCAGGGAAAGAAUUGGGAUUUUGACUAUGUAGUAAAUUUCUUUCCGGAAAGUAUCAACUUGUACAAUGUAGGUGAAUAUUAUCAAUUAAUGACCUCAAAUGGGUCUUCCCUUCCAUAGGAGUAAACAUGUUAUGCAGAUAUGUAAAACAUGAGAUCUAAGAGAUAAUUAUUUGCCCUGCCUAUGAGUACAAAGGAAAUCACUUUGUAAAGGUUUAUCUUUGUUGGGGUAUAAUAUUACAGUAUAUUUUAUUGCAUUGUAAUAUAUGAAAUAAAAUGUUC